GGACUGAAACCUUGGCUGUUCAGGCAUUCAUAUGGCUGUCCAAACUUUACCAUAAAUGGAAGCUUCUAUAUAUGACAACUUUCAGCUUUCCUAUGGAAGCCAUGGGUGCAGGGGCGGACUGACAACUCAUGGGGCCCCCGGGCAAUAGGGGAUCAUGGGGCCCCUGUGUCCUUGCCCACACUCAAAGCACACCCAAAAAAGCCUAUAAAAGGUACCAGGGGCAUCUCAUGGGGCCCCCUACUGACCCCGGGCCCUCGGGCAGUGCCCGAGUUUCCAAA